AGCACGCAUGAAUGAACGAGUGAAUGAGUGAAGAACAGACGCUCGGACAGUCAAACAAUGAGACAGACAGACGGACAGACGAAAGCCAGGUACUCCUACCAUGGGUAACGCAAUAGCACGCAACAGCAGCAGCAGCAGCCUCCAUAGUUACCUCGCACUCCCGCCGCAUCAACGCACAACGCCCCCUCACGCGGCACCAAAGCUUACACCCCAAUCGUCACUCAUCAAUACGAGUGCCUCUCUCACACACAAGCACCGAACCGCCUCCCCGGGCCGCCCAGCAGUCGCGUGCCUCGCAAAAGCCUUACCCACACACACCCAGCCCAAAGCCCACAGCCCAGCCCAGUCCAGUCCAAUCCAAUCCAAUCCAAUCCAGCACCACGAACCCGCAUCCGCGAGCCCGCCGUGCCUCGUCCCCGUCCCACCCACCUCGCACGCACACGCACACCCACAAAACAGGCCCCGUCCCAGCAGCCCAGCGGGGGCCACGCGCAGCCCGCGCGUCUCGAUCAUUGGGCGCCGAUGGCGUCAUCGCCUCUGGCGCCCUUUUUGUGCGGCGGCUCCCACCAAUAUGUGUGGGUCCUGCGCGUUAUUGCGAGCUUACCAAACCCUUACGGACCCCCUUCCGGCCUCGUCCGAGCGCUUGCAGAAACGAGGGGAGAAAGACGGAAGGAAGAAAGACGGACAAGGACGAGGAAGACGAGGUGUGCCCGUGGCGGCCGCCGUGAUGGCGGCGGGCGUUCGCGUCCGUCGUCGUCGUCGAUGAAUGCGGCGGUGCCUUUUGGUGCGCAUUUGCAAACGGAGGCUACCACAACCACCACCACUACGACGUCAUUGA